CCGGAGAGCAGGUCGUGCUGGAGAGCGCAGCCCUGCUUCGGCGUGCUGGUGCUGGACAUGGCGCCAUGGAGCGUGGCCGGGCACCGCCGCCGCCGCCUUGGAGGGGGCCCUGGAUCCUGGUGCUGCUGCCGGCGCUGGCAGGGGGGCAGCCGCUGGCAGCCGGCGAGGCGGCCUACGAGGAAUGGCGGGCGACGGGCGUGCGAGGCCGGGCAGUGGAGCUGAGCUGUGGGCCGGCGGCCGCAGCCCCGCCGGCCGUGGUCUUCUGGAGCUUCACGCCACAGGGAGAGGGGCUCCCGCGGGCGGUGGCCGUGGGCUCGGGCAGGGAGGUGGCCAUGGCCCCCGGCACGGGGAUGCUGGGCCGGGUGACGCUGCGCAACGGGACGCUGGAGCUGCGGGAGCUGCGCGUGGCCGCCCAGGGCCGCUUCCUCUGCCAGGGGCUCUUCCCAGAGCGGGGCCGGCUCCGUGUGGGCUAUGCCGCCAUCCUUCUGCGUGUCCUGGUGCCUGUCUCCAAGCCCUUCGUGCGGCCAACGGCGGCGGCGGCAGCGGAGGGGGCGCCGGUGGCCCUGACAUGCACCGUGCGGGAGGGGACGGAGCCGCUGAGCUUCUCCUGGCAGCACCAGGAGCCCCGUGGGGGUCCCUCAGUGACCUCUGCAGGGCUGGGGGGCUCCAGGGCAGAGCUGCAGCUGACACCUGCCAACCGCAGCCACACGGGCUGGUACAUCUGCACCGUGCGCAACGAGGUCAACAACCGCACCAGCGACCCCGUCUACCUGGACAUCGUCUAUGGCCCCGAUGAGCCGGCCAUCCGUGUGGAGCCCUUCUCCCCCGAACAGGGGGGCUUCUCGGCGGGCGAGCGGGAGGACGUGGUGCUGAGCUGCCUGGCUCCCUCCAACCCCCCCAGCCGCUAUGUCUGGCUGCACAACGGCUCCCAGGUGCACGUCGGCCAGACCUACGUCAUCACUGCCAUCGCCCGUGCCCAGGCGGGCACAUACACCUGCCUGGCCGAGAACAGCCACCUGCAGACCCGCACCCAGGCCACCAUCGUCCUCACUGUCUACUAUCCCCCCGCCGGCAGCCCCAGCUGCUCCGCCCUGGCCUCCGAUGAUCAGCGCGAUGUGGCCCUGCGGUGCCGCUGGCUGGGGGGCUUCCCCCUGGCUCGGCUGCGCUGGGUGGGCCCCCAGGAGGAGGAGGAGGAGGAAGAGGGGUUGAUGGGGACCAGCUUUUCCAUGGCCACCAGGAUCCAGCCAGGGGUAGCCACCAGGAACGGCAGCUCCUUCUCCUGCCUGGCCUCCCACCCCGCGCUGCCACUGGGGGCUGCAUGUGGGACCACCCUGUGGGUCCCGUCUGGCAGCCCCACCUGCGCGGCGGCGGCCACCAAGGGUGACGAGUACGUGAUGCUGCGGUGCCGGUGGGAGGGGGGCACGCCGCUCGUCACCCUGUGCUGGCGGGACAGUGCGGGCCGGACCCUGGGCGACCCCACGCCCUCCACCGCCGUGCUGGUGCUGAGCACCGACGGCAGCCUGGGCGGCCGGGAGUUCGUCUGCGUGGCCGCGCACCCGCUGCGGGCCGCUGCCGCCGAGUGCCGCCUACGGCUGGAGGUCCCCGAGCUGCAGGCGGAGAGCGAAGUGGCGGUGCUGGAGGGCGGCGAGGCGCUGCUGGCGUGCCGACAACGCGGCAGCAGUGCUAAUCUCCGUGCCACGGUGGCUUGGUACGACCCAAAGGAGCGGGAGGUGACACCGGGGCUGGCCAAGUACCAGCUGGAGCAGGGAGAAGCGUGGGUUAACCUCACCGUCCGGGAUGCCGAGUGGCCGGGGGACAGUGGGAUCUACCGCUGCACCGCCACCAAUGCCGUGGGCACCGCCAGCCUCCCCGUCCGCCUCCGCGUGGACCGAUACCCAGCCCCGCCCAACGUCACCAUCAGUAAGCUGCGGUACACGCGGGCGCGCACCGAGGUGCGGCUGGAGUGGCGGACGCAGGGCGCCGGCAACCUCACCGGCUUCGUGGUGCAGCGGCGCCAAACCAAGAAGCCCCUCCGAGAGACCCCCAGUCCCUGGGAAACAGCCGCCGGCGACAUCGAGCCGCACUCCCGCGACCGGCGCCUGGGGGGGCUGGACCCCGCGGUGCUCUAUGCUUUCCGCGUCCUGGCCGUCAACCACCGCACGGCCGGGCACCCCUCCGAGGUGCAGACGCCAGCCGAGCCUCCCUUCGAGGCCUACCCAGCGGUGACGGGGGCGGCGGUGGCAGGGAUGCUGGUGGCCACCGCAGCAUCGCUGCUGGCCGUGCACUGCAUCGCCCGCCACAGGGAGAACCUCCCACGGCUGCACGACCUGCUGUUCCGCACGGCCGGUCCUGGCGCCCAGGAGCCCGUGGGCACAGCGGAGGAUGCUGAAGCAGCCGCAGGCGGGGAGGAGGGAGCAGGGCCAGCCCAGAGAGACUCGUGUGCCCCCGGCACGGCAGCGGGUGCCGAAGCAGCACCAGCACAGGGAGACCCGUCUGCGCCGGGCACUGCAGCAGAGCCGCUCUCGGCAACAUCAGGCACCACCGAUGACCCAGUUAAUGUCACCAUCACCGUGACAGCGACACCGUGACCACUGCGGCUUUUGCUCCCGAUUUCCCUCUCCUGCUCUCUCCCGCACCACGGGACGGCAGCACCCACCUGUGCGCCUCGGGCUGCGAGGCAGCUGCCUCCAAACGCUGCACCCGGCGAAAGCCCCUCCAGCUCAGCCCCGGGCCUGCAGUUACUGC